AUGGCUCCCAACACAACAUUCAUGGUCUCGGAAGGCGAGUCAGUGGCCUCCUUAUUCGUGCAACGAUAUAGGACCCAAGACAUAGUCUAUUAUCGCAAGACACUCAGCGCAGUUGAGGAAAUAUGCAAGCAGCUCCUUUCCAACCAUGGAAUACCCCAUGCCACAGAGUCCCGGCUCAAGGAGCUCGCCAGUCUUGAAAACAAACUUACGAAGUUUGAACGCAAGCAAGGAUUUCCUUACCAAGCCAUCGAAGAUAUCAACAAUGACAUUGUUGAUCUUGCUGGAAUGUGCAUCUUGGUGCACAUCCCAUCGAACCGAAUAAAAGCCAGCGAGCUUUUGCACGACACCUUCGUGGUCAAAAAGGUGGUGCACCACCCAAAACAGGACGACCCCAAGGGAACCCAUCAGGGGUCUCAGGGCUAUGUUGCGACACAUAUCCAUGUCUUGCUAAAACCGGAGGACCUUCAUGCCCGAGGGCUACAAUCCGCCGACGCGAAGUUGGUCGAGAUUCAAGUCAUAAGCACAGAAAUGCGUGGAUGGACAAAUCUGGAGCAUGACUUGGUGUACAAGCCCAAUGGCAAACUCAGUCUUGCCCUACGCCACAAACUGGAAACAAUGCGGAUGGUUGUGGACGUGAACGAGAAUAUCCACCAGCAAAUAGAAGAAGAGCAAGCCUACAGAGCAGCGAAGGAGAACCGAUCUCUUCGAUCUGUGGAUGAUGUCGGCUUUAUUCUUCAAAAGUGGCUCGAGGAGCAUCACUCGGCAUGGUUUCAAGGUCGAACAGCCGGGUCGUGCACGUCUCUUUUCAAUUUCCUGAAAUCGCGCAACAUGGACACUCGCGGGGAGCUGCGAAAAGUGCUUGAAGCGAACCUUGGGUCUGAUUCAGAAGCUGUGUACUCGAGGCUUGCGAGUGAAUAUCCAGCUGGCAGGUUGACUCUUGUUAUUUUCAUCAUGGAUCGCCUGUUAUUGAUGGAUGGUGGAAGUGACGUGGUGGAUUCCGUUACCGAUGACCAUCAGAUCCAUCUUUACAAGCUCCAGGCAAUGAGGAGCACGUUUGUCUGGCUCGAUAGAUUCUUUACCACUUCUUUUAUGUGGCAAGAAGUCUUUGCGGAUCAGAACCAGGAAUCUCUUCGAGACGGUCUCAUCUUGCUCAACAGCGCUCGAACGGGUCUUUUCUUGGAUGGGAAUCAGCUUGGGGACAAUGAUAUCGCUAUUAUUGAUUACCUUUGGGACUGGUUUGAGCGUCAAGAUGACCGGCAGAUUAGGUUGACUUUUGCCAUUUCCAAAAAUGGGUUGUUUAGAGACAGGAAGGAUGCGCGGGAGAUAAUUCUGCGGUUGAUACAGGGGAUGGGACGUUUGAAUUGA